AUGCUGCUGUCCAAGUUCGGGUCCCUGGCGCACCUGCGCGGCCCGGGCGGCGCCGACCCGCUCCCGGCCCGGCUGCUGCCGCCAGGCAAGGCGGACCGCGAGGCCUUCGAGAAGCUGUACCAGGUGGGCGCCGUGCUGGGCAGCGGCGGCUUCGGCACGGUGUACGCGGGCAGCCGCCUGUCCGACGGGCUCCCGGUGGCCGUGAAGCACGUGGUGAGGGAGCGCGUGACGGAGUGGGGCAGCCUGGCGGGCGCGGCGGUGCCGCUGGAGGUGGUGCUGCUGCGCCGGGUGGGCGCGGCGGGCGGCGCGCGCGGCGUGAUCCGCCUGCUGGACUGGUUCGAGCGCCCCGACGGCUUCCUGCUGGUGCUCGAGCGGCCCGAGCCGGCGCAGGACCUGUUCGACUUCAUCACGGCGCGGGGCGCGCUGGACGAGGCGCUGGCGCGGCGCUUCUUCGCGCAGGUGCUGGCGGCCGUGCGCCACUGCCACGCGCGCGGGGUGCUGCACCGCGACAUCAAGGACGAGAACCUGCUGGUGGACCUGCGCGCCGGCGAGCUCAAGCUCAUCGACUUCGGCUCGGGCGCGCUGCUGCGCGACACGGUCUACACCGACUUCGACGGCACGCGCGUGUACAGCCCCCCGGAGUGGAUCCGCUACCACCGCUACCACGGGCGCUCGGCCGCCGUGUGGUCCCUGGGGGUGCUGCUCUUCGACAUGGUGUGCGGGGACAUCCCCUUCGAGCAGGACGAGGAGAUCCUGCGCGGCCGCCUCUUCUUCCGGAGGAGGGUCUCCCCAGAGUGCCAGCAGCUCAUCCAGUGGUGUCUGUCCCUGCGGCCCUCCGAGCGGCCCUCGCUGGACCAGAUCGCCGCGCACCCCUGGAUGCUGGGGCCCGACGCGGGCGGCCCCGAGAGCUGCGAGCUGCGGCUCUGCGCCCUGGACGCCGGGGGUGCGGCCAGCACCACCUCCAGCAGUGAGAGCUUGUGAGGAGGGGCCGGCCUGGCUGGUGGACGCCCGCGGGACUGGCCGGGCGGCGCCCCCCUAGCUUUGAGUGCCUUUCCCAGGGGCCGCGGCCGGGUGUCCUGCGUGCC